AUUUUGAAUUCGGAGAAAAACAAUUUUGGGAUUUUAGGGUUUUACUCUUAUUUUUCGUUUCCCAAUUGAACCAUUAGGGUUUUAAUACAUCCCCAAAAUCAGAAUGGAUGUAGUUAAAUUGCAAAUUCGGUGUCCUCAAUCAUUUAAUGGAGUCGGUCUUGAACCCGACCCGGAUUGGAGUUUCAGUACUCUGUUAUCGGAGCUUGAUGCCUUGGAAAAGAAGCUCAAUAUCUCUUCUUCUACCGUUCCUUUGCCUUUAACAAAAGUCAAAUCAAGAGAAUUUUAUGGAGAAAAAGGUACCAAGAGAAGCUCAAAUGCUUUUGUAAUGAGAGUAUCUGAUGAGGAGUUUGAGGAUAGUGAAAGUGACGAUGAGGAGGUUUAUGAUCAUGAUCGAGGAUUAGUGAAAGCUUCUCGAUUUCAGUGCGAUGAAGUUUAUUUAAGUAGUAGCGAGGAUGAAACUGAUGAUCAGCAGCCUUGUCUUGAUGUCCGACCCUACUUGAUGAAUGAGGUGGGGUUGAUGGAGAGUGCCUUAUAUGAGUUAACCAAUGCGCAUCAACUUGGAGUUAAGGAGGAAAUUAGAAAUGCAAUCUCUGCAUUAGAGACAGAUUUGACGAAUGAGAGUGAGAAGUCUUCCUCUGCACAUACUAAAGUUGAGAAAUAUAGAGAUGCAAGGCGGGAAGUGGAGAGGAAAUUUGAUAUUCAGUAUCAGCGCAGAAUUGCAGAAGGACUUGAUAAUCACUUGACUGAUGUCCAGCGGGAUCAUGAAUUCAAAUCUCAAAUCGAGGAAAGGAGAAUACGAAGUGAUGCAGCACAUGAAGAGGCCAAGAGAAGGGAAAAGGCUCUUCAGGAAGAAAGACUACGACAAGAAAAGGCCAAAGCAGAGGCAGAGGUGCAGGCCAAACUUAAAGCUGAGGAAGCCAAUAGAAUUGCUUUGGAAGCUGAGAGGAUAGCAGCAAAAGAAGCUGCAGAAAAGGAAGCAGCUAAAGCCUCCAAAGCUACUACUUCUGAAGUGCCACAAAUGGAAGCUUUAGGAGGUCGAAAUGCUACUAGUUCAGGAGCUUUAAUUGCUCAGCCCAAGGGAUCUGAGAAUGAUAAAACAAAUAAAUCACAAUCAGCAGGUAAUAUGCUCAGGGCUGCAGAGAGCGCUUUAAACCUAGAGAGGGAAAGGAUGCAAAAAUUAAAAGAGUUAAAAGAAAUAAACCAAUCACUGAGAUCAAGUUUAAAUCAGGAUUUUGGGAGCACCGAAAGGCAUAUUGGUAGGUUGAUAAGACAAAUAAGGGGUACUAAAGAUAAUGUUAGCACAAAAGCCAGUGAGCUUGUAAAGAUUUUCAACAAUCCUGGUUGCCCUCAAACCAUAAGCAUUGCGUCUUUUGCCAAGAAGGUUGUUUCUCACUGUGAAAGCCCUGAUAAUUCUCCCUUUGCCUGUGGGUAUGUCAUUGUCCUCGUAACAUCACAGUUCCCACAAGCAGCGGAUGCAGUUGUUGCUGAGCUACAAAGAGCUUGCAUUUACACUGUCCCAAAGCAUAUAUCAUACUCCAAGUCAGCAUUUGAAUCCAAAGAAGCUUAUUGGAAGGCUCUUGGAUUCCGAGAGGACGAUGGCAAGAUUGAAAGUAAAAAGGACUAUCUGAAACGGCUGGAAUCCUACAUGAAGCUGUAUGGGGCACUGGUUCAGACCGAGGGUCGCCAAAAUGUUCAUGGCCUAAAGGAAGGUUGGGCAUGGCUUGCUAGAUUCCUAAAUGCACUCCCUGCCAAUAUUUAUACUGCUGUGGCUUUGAACGCAUUCCUACAAGUGACAGGUUUUGCUCUCUACAGAAAAUACAAAUCACAGUUCGUGAAAUUGCUGAACAUCGUCUUGGAGAACUUUCUAAGUGCCUUGAGAUCACAAGAAGAUCCGGAGCUGAGGCCGAUUAUGGCCGAAAUUCAAUCCUAUUUGGAAGACAAGAAAUUCCUUGAAGAACCAGAGGGAAGGACUUUGCAGGGUUCUUUGCUAUCGAGUGUAAUGGUGCCGGACUCGGAUUACCAGGCCCCGUCGUAUUAUCAACAGGGUAGGAACUACUUCUGAACGAAUCGAGCUGAGAAAUCAUUUGUAAAGAGUUUUCCAAAAGCACAUACGAGUACAAAGCUACUCUAUUGAUGCCCAAAUGUUCUGGGGAAGAAAAGGGUUAAGAUUCUUAU